UCGAAAUCGACGUCUCCGACAUACAUUCUGUUCUCUAGUCCAAAAAACUUCCGCAGAAGAGUAGCGAUUAGAAGAAGAGCUUCCAUCAUGAGUGUAGAAAUUCUGAAUGGUGCCACCAUUGCUGGCUUUGUUGAAGAUGAAGAAGCAUUCAACAGUUGGGUACAUGACCGCUUUGCCGCUCUUGACGAAGACCAAGACGGUGUGCUUUCCUACGAGGAGACGUUGAAAGAACUGCAGUGUCUUAGGGUUUUUGAGACCGACUUUGGGAUUGAUGUGAAGACAGACCCAGAUGAAGUUGCUGGAGUCUACUGCUUUCUGUUCUCGCAGUUUGAUCGUGACUCAAAUGGGGUGUUGGAUUUUGAGGAGUUCAAGACUGCGACCAAGAGAAUGAUGCUGGCCGUGGCUGAUGGGUUAGGUCUCUUGCCUUUGCAGAUGAUUCUAGAAGAGGGCAGUUUCUUGAAGAAACCUGUUGAAUGGGAAUCCACCAAACUGGUGCCCUGA